AUGACCAUGAUAGAGGAAGAGGAUGAGGCAAAUCAUUCAAAGCCCAUAAUGAAGAUGAGGAAAGAACUUUUUACAAAUCCAAGGUAAAGUGUUUUAAUUGUCAAAAGAUGAGUCAUUUUACUUCCGAGUGUCGCAAUAGGAAGAAACAAAAGGAGAAGGAUGAGAAGGCAAAUCUUGCCGACAUCAUGAAAAAGAGUGAAUUAGUAUUGCUCACAACACUUUUUGAGGAACUAAAAACAAUUCUUCUCGAAGGCCUAAAUGGAGAUGUCUCUGCUAGUGACUUGUGGUAUCUUGAUAUGAGUGUCAACAAUCACAUGACUGGAAAAAAGGACCUCUUUUAUCAUUUUGAUGAUUGUAGAACAUGGAGAGUAAAAUUUAGUGAUGGUUCAAGUGUUGACAUGUGCGGCGAAAGGUCAAUUGUGAAAAAAUGUGUCAAUGGAGAGAACUUGGAAUUAAGGAAUGUCUUGUAUACACCUAAGCUGCAUGUAAAUAUCUUGAGUCUUGGCCUACUCGAUGAGGAUUGUUGCAACAUGAAUUUAGAAAAUAGAAUUUUGAUAAUUCAUGAUUCUAAUGGGAAACGUUUAACCAAAGUGUGCAAAUCUCAUGGCAGGCUAUAUCAACUAAGUUGAAUAUAGGGAAAACCUAUUGACGGAGGAAGAAGAUGAAAUGGUUUGACUAUGGCAUCGAUGUUUUAAGUAUUUAAAUUUCAAGUCAUUAAUGUCUAUGACCAAUCAGGUGAUUGGAAUGCCAUCUCUUGAAAAACUUAAAAAGAUCUAUAGGAGUUGUGUUGUUGAAAAACAGCAAAGAAAGUCCUUUCCCUCCUCAUCAAAUUUCAAAACCAUGAAGCUUGUUGAGAUUGUUUAUGGAGAUAUUUGUGGGCCCAUUACUCUAUCAACCCUUGGAGGGAGUAAGUACUUUUUUCUAAUCAUUGAUGAUUUUUCUAGGCUCAUGUGAGUUGUCAUGUUGAAGAACAAGUCGAAUACUUUUCAAGCCUUUAAGAAGUUUAAGGCAUUGGCUGAAAACAAAUAGGAGAUGAAAAUAAAGUGAUUGAGGACAAAUCAUGAGGGUGAAUUUAUUUCAGAAGAUUCAUGAAGUUUUGUGAUAAGCAAGGUAUUAAAAGGCAGUUGAUGACUUCUUAUUCAUCACAACAGAAUGAAGUUGUGGGAAGAAAAAAUAAAAUUAUCAUGUCUAUGGUCAAAAGCAUGAUGAAGGAGAAAAACUUACCAUUGGAGCUAUGCAGAGAAGUACUGAGCACGUGUUUAUAUUUUGAACAAAUCACCCACGAAAAGUUUGCAAGGUGUAAUUCCAUAUGAAAAAUGGACUAGUAAAAUGCCUUGUGUUGACCAUUUGAAGAUAUUUGGUUCUAUUGUUCAUCUUAAAACCACUAGAGAGAGAUUGAAAAAGUUAGAAGGUAGAUGCAGACCUAUGAUUUUCAUUGGCUAUGAGGUUGGCACCAAAGGUUAUAGGUGUCUUGAUCUUCUAAUCAUGAAAGUUCAUAUUAGAAAGGAUGUGGUCUUUGAAGAAGGGAGUAAAUGGGAAUGA